AAGAAAUUGUUAUCGGCUCUGCAACACCGAUCUCUAACGGAUCCUCGGAUCCCACCCACGUUCCCGCCUCUCCAUCGAUCGAUCGAUCGAUUCCAUAGAUCGCUCGCCAUGGCAGCCACCUUCCUCUCCAUCUCCAUCCGUUCGCCGUCGACGCCCCUCUCCUCGGUUCUCCGCCCCGCCCGCAGAAGCUCCCCGAUCCGUCGCCUUUGCAGCUUAUCCUCCUCCGCCUCCUCUUCUCCUCACUCGCGCUCCCAUGGAGAAGGCAUCCCCAACGCUCCCCGUUCCACUGCCGCUCGAGACGGGACCUAUUUGGGUGCCGAGGUCGACCCCGAUUCCAGGUUCGGUCACAAGCUCACAGUCGAUCCCAGCGGCAAUGCUCUCCUCAGCCCCGCGCCUACCACGGAGUCCACCGUCGAGAGGGUGAUUUUUGAUUUUCGCUUCCUAGCCCUGCUGGCUGUUGGUGGCUCACUUGCUGGAUCUAUAUUAUGUUUUCUAAAUGGCUGUGUAUACAUAGUUGAUGCAUAUAAGAUUUACUGGACAAGCUGUGUUAAAGGCGUUCAUACUGGACAAAUGGUACUCCGGUUAGUUGAGGCUAUUGACGUUUAUCUUGCUGGAACAGUGAUGCUGAUUUUUGGUAUGGGUUUAUAUGGACUGUUCAUCAGCAAUGUAACCCCUGAGACACCUUCUGAUGUUGAUCGUGCUUUAAAGGGAUCUUCUCUGUUUGGGAUGUUUGCCUUAAAGGAGAGGCCAAAGUGGAUGCAGAUUAGCUCACUUGACGAGUUAAAAACAAAGGUCGGGCAUGUCAUUGUCAUGAUUCUCCUGGUGAAGAUGUUUGAAAGAAGCAAAAUGGUGACGAUAGCUACUGGGAUGGAUCUUCUAUGCUACUCGAUAUGUAUAUUCUUGUCAUCAGCAUCAUUGUACAUUUUGCACAAUCUUCACAAGUCCGAUUGAAAAUUUCCGAGUUCUCAGAUGUGCUGUAAGGUAGAUUAUAACAAGCUCUCUUCUAUCGGUAUACUUAGCAGCAAGAAUAGUAUUAUGAUUUCAUUUCAUUGUGGUCCGUGCUACCAAGUAACAAGAAUAAUAUUGUCAUUUCAUUUCAUUGUGCAUGUUGGUGCAUACUAACACGAUGAACAAGGAAUGAAAUGAGUUGUAUUAGUUGCUAUGACCUUUGUUUUUAUAUGAUUUUUCUACCUUACUCUU